CGUCUGGGACGGCAGCUUCCGCAUUCCCGUGCCCUCCCAGAUACUGAUCAGGAUUUAAACGGGCUGACGCAACGACUUUUAGUCUCAAAACCUAGUUACAUCCGAUUCAAAAAUUACACAGACACACAUUAUAUCACCUCGGAUUUUGGACCUAAUACAGUGUCCAAAACACUGCUCCACCAUUGGUAGAAGAGGAUUGCAGUCCAACUUGUGACUGUGGUGUAUGGUGGCUGGGUGUGACAUGAUGCCCGGCCAGAUCCUUGACCCCUCCCUGACGGCCGGCUCCUUGCCCAGCCUGGGCCCACUGGCGGGCAUCUCUGCCACUACACUCACCGAUCAGCUCAAACUGGCACAGGACAUCUCUGCCACCAUGCUCACCGAUCAGCUAAAACUGGCACAGGACUUCAGGAACCUGGGCGCCAUGUUGUCACCGCUGCAUUUCCUGGGACGGCUGGGGAAGAGGCCCCUCACUGCUAUCAAGGGAGAGAUGGACGAGGACGAUGAGAGGAGGAAACGGAGGAGGGAUAAAAACAAAGUGGCAGCAGCACGAUGUCGGAACAAGAAGAAGGAGAGAACAGACUUCCUCCAAAGGGAGUCGGAGCGUCUGGAAGUGGUGAACUCUGACCUGAAGGCCCAGAUCGAGGAGCUGAGGAUGGAGAGACAGCAGCUAAUGGUCAUGCUCAACCUCCACCGCCCCACCUGCAUCGUCCGCACUGACAGCGUCAAGACCCCCGAGAGCGAGGCCAACCCCUUGCUAGAACACCUGGCCGCUGAAAAGCUGACCGCCUCCAAGUGAAACCACAAGGGGGAAACAGAAACCGAAGUGCGGGAAGGAUAGAAUCCGCCAAAAAACAACUGUCAUCAUCAUCAUGAAUGGUGGCCAUUUUGAACAAUUCUAAAAUCAACUGCCGCUUUUGUUGUUGAAGCACAUAUAUACUGUCUUGAGCUCAAAGCUGGAGACUUGUUGAGACUCUUGUCUGUCUUUGCCCCAAGGACCUGGGGUUGUUAGGGUUCCGUUGCCUCGGUAACACCUUGGUAAUGUUACCUGAGCGGGCUCUGAGGGAAGAGGGAGGAGCCUAGCGCCCAACCCAGUUAUCUCAGCAUCAAUAAUAAGUGUUGUUUGUUUUUGAAACCCAGUCAGUGCCUCACAGUUUACUUACUGCAACCAACCAUCAUCACAAUAAAGGACAGAUGGAAGAAGGUAGAAAGUGGAAACUAUAAUGUUGAAGAGGAAACACUAAGAUCAAUCAUUCUAAUGCUUUGUUGCCGGCACUUAUCAGCACUGAGACAAACAAAAGGGUUGUUGUUGUUGUUGUUGUUGUGAUAUUCUAAACAUGUAUAACGGUAGAGGCACACAGGUGUAGCCAGCCAGCGUUCUGCAGUUUGCCAGUGUACUGUAAACCAUGUUUAAAUAUACAGGUGUAAUAGUAUUAUUGAUAUGUCCAUUACAUGCAUUCAGUGUAUACUAAGUUGGAACAUAGAGUUGUUUUGUAUUUUCUAAUACAAUGGCGAUUUUUUUUUUGUGAUUUUUUUAUUUUUAUAUCCUCUGCCUUGACGAUGGCAGUAUCCGGUUGAUCCGACUUGUGGUGACGCUGGCGUCAUAAAUAAAAGCACAUAUAAACUAUAUGAAAUAAUGUUUACACUCCUGUUGUUAUAAAAAGGCCUUGUUGCUUCAAUGUCUGUCUUUCAAUGUGCUUAUUUUAUACCGUUUUAUAUAUAAACGACAUAUAUUAUUAUGAAAUGCUCUGUGUUGUUCUAAUCACUCGAUGUGAUUUUGCAUUUUUACAUCUCAGUCAGUCUGUCCAGUUCUAUUUUUCUAUAUGAAUAUUGCGCUGUUCGUUUAGCAGCUGUGAAAACUAAACAAUCAUUAUUUACAGCUGAGCAAUAUCUCUCAAUGACUUAUGUAUGACUUUUGUACCCCCCCAAAUACAUUAUAUUUGUCAAACUA